GCAGCGCUCUAUUCAGUCGUUACUGAGGGAAGAUGGUGGACUUGACGACGACAGCGUGCUCCAAACUCCGCCCAAAACACUUUGGAAAAUACUUUGUAUCUAAACCUAGUAUAAGAUAUAGAUUACCCGGGGACACUCAUAGAUAAUACACAGUGAAAAGUUACUUUUCUUCACCGGUUUAAGUGUUUAUUUGAAGAAAACGAGGAGUUGACCGAACGUGUUGGUGGUUCGUGCUCGACAAGGACGCUAGUUAGCCGAAGUGUCAACAAAAGUGUGGAAGAAGGAGAAACUCUGGGACCUUUUUGAAAGGUUGUCAAGAUAAUCCACGGAGACAUUAUAACCAUCUGUUGCUGCUGCUGUCUUCACAUCAGCUGUCAAACCUGUGAGGCGUUUAUCUGACAGUUGGACUGAAGUAGGCUAACUUCAGCUAGCUAACCCUCAGCUAGCUUUGUUGUUACUGAGGAUCAAAGCGCUUCAACAAAAAAAUGCCUCGGAGUAAAAAAGGGAAACGUGGCUCCGGCAAGCCGGGCUCUCUUCGUCAGGAGGUUCUUCAGCUGCAGCUGUCGACUAAAGCGUCACUGAAAGGUGUUAGAAAUGGGGUGAAGGGAGAGAUGGGUGCCAGCGAUGAUGAGCUGACGUCUGAUGUUCUCAGCCACUACAGCAGUAACAGUGAAACCGCCUCAGUAAUGGAUGAAGGAACAGGAGGCGAGCAGGUGGAUGAGCAGACUGCCCAGGAGGAAACAGAAGACAAACUCAAGCAGUGUAUAGACAACCUGAUGGACAAGAGCUCUAAGACACGCCUAGCAGGUCUCGAGUCAUUGCGGCAGGUCUUUUCCUCAAGACUACUGUACGACUUCCUGACAGAACGACGCCUCACUGUCAGCGACUGCCUGGAAAGGAGCCUUAAAAAAGGGAGUGGUGAAGAGCAGGCAGCGGCUGCCACAGUCUUCACCCUGCUCUGUAUCCAGCUGGGGGGUGGAGAUGAGGCAGAGGAGGGCUUCAAGAUGCUUCGCCCCAUCCUCACCGCCAUUCUUAUUGACAACAGUGCCAGCAUAGCAGCCCGUCAGAGUUGUGCCAGAGCUUUGGGGAUGUGCUGUUACGUGUCUACUGCUGAAGAAGGAGAGGAUUUGGUCAAGUCUUUGGCCCUUCUGGAGAGCGUGUUCAUGGCUUCCUACCCCAACAGAGAGGGAGUGCUGCCCACACCCAAACCCGGCAGUCCAGGCCUCCACUGUGCCGCCCUGCAGGCCUGGUCACUGCUGGUCACACUCUGUCCUGCAUCUCGACUGACUGUGUUACUAGACCUUCACCUCCCGAAACUGCAGGCGUGUCUGCAGAGCAGCGACGUCAACUACAGGAUAGCUGUGGGAGAGACCAUUGCUCUGCUGGUGGAGCUGGGACGAGAUAUAGAAGAGAACUUUGAGGUGGAGGACAGCGAUAGUCUGUGUGAAUGUCUGAAGAGUUUAGCAACAGACGGAAACAAACACAGAGCUAAGAACGACAGACGGAAACAAAGGUCCAUCUUCAGAGAAGUGCUCCAUUACAUUGAGAACGAAGACUUCACAGAGGAGAGGAUCAGGUUUGGAGUUGAGAGUGUUUACAUUGACAGCUGGAUGAGGAGAAGAAUUUAUGAUGCCUUCAAAGAGAUCCAGGAAUCUGGAGUCAGUCACCACUUACAGUUUAACCCACUACUUAGAGACAUCUUUGGACUGGGCCCUCCCCUCAUUCUGGAUGCUGCUGUCAAAGCCAAUAAGAUCUCUAGAUUUGAGAAGCAUCUUUUCAACUCUGCUGCCUUCAAGGCCAGGACGAAACAGAGGGCCAAAGUCCGGGACAAAAGGGCUGACGUCAUGUAAUAGAAAGAUGAGGAUGGUGUCAGUGGAGGAGUGAGGAACUCCUCCUGUGGCUAUAACAAGACGGAUACAAAGCUAUGCCUUCAACACUUCAGCAGUUUGAUAAACAAAGACUCAGCAAACUUUGAACAGGACUUUUUCACAUGUACUCUACACCUGCAAAACAUUCUCCAGAUAUUAUACUCAUAAUCUCACUUUUUGAACUAGCGCGUCAAAGUUCUCACUUUUGACACAAAGGGGUUCGAAUUGCAACUAAACUAAAUUCUAGCUCUGAUCACUCAACUCGGCAACUCUUAAAUUAUACUAAACCUCUUUUGUGUGACUUUUAUUGCUUAAAACACAAAGUAAGUAUUUUAAGAGUCAAAUUCUUUGAGGUCCCUGAAACCCUCUGGUGCUAAUGAGUAUUUGUUUGAAUACUCAUCCUGAACUGCUGACUUGUGUCUUUUUAAUCUUUAUUUGUGACUCCAGUGGCCACAUCGUGUUUAGGCAGUUUUCCCUGACAUAACCAGUCCUGGACCAGUCCCUGAGGCAUAAUGUCUGAGCAUCAACUCCUGUAAAAACAACCUAACGAGAGCCCCUGACAUACUUUCCUCUGCUGCGGGAUAAUGAUUCCUCAUUAUACUCAAUCAGUGGCUAAACGAGCUGCCAAACCAGAAACUUUCUUCACAAUGCAACGUGAAAAGAAAGUGUGUGUGGUGUUUGCGUGAGUGUGUUUUAUUUCAAUCUUAUUUAACACCAUAAAAUAAAACCUAAAAAAAACCAUCAAUGAAAUAGGAAGAUGCCUAAUUAAUAAAAUGAAAUCAAAGAUUUAAUAUGAAAUCAAAGAGUUAAUGUCAUUUUUUGUACCAAUAUUUUUGGGGAGGGAAAAAUGUAUUUUAACCGUUUCUGGUGGAUAAUUGUAUUUUACUUUCUAAUUUAUUAAAGGAGCAGUACUGUGUUGUUUUUAAGACAAUAAAAUAGCAAAGAACUGUUUACAGACACGACAUGGAAAGAGACAGAGUUCAUGGGGGAUUUUUCUCCAUGUGUAUUUUAAUGCGGGUCGUGGGUUACAUAGGGAUUUAUGGUAAGAUAAUGUACUUGAAUCAUGGAGCAUUACAGUGUAUAUAUAUACAUGUCAUGAAUCAGAGCUGCUGAUCAGAGGAGUUUGUAAUUUGGUUAGCAUGUCAUUUCCUGGAUGUUGCUGCUGUAUUCAAAACAUUUGUUGUGCUUUUGAUCAUAUUGAACUGAAAAAGCACAUAUAGCAGCUUCCGAGGAAUUUCAGUGGUCAGCGCUCACAGUUUGUGUUUGCUGACCAGAGCUGUCUGUUUGGGAUAUGGCCUCCUGGAUGAAGUGCAACAACAGGCCUCAUAUUUACAACCAAGAUAAACUUUCUGAUCAGGGGCUCUGAUGUUGGAGCAUAUGGACAGAGGAUGAAUCAAAUUAAAUAAAGACUAUUUGAACUCUC